GGCCCCGCGCUGUGGCGGGAAAGUGGCGGCCGCCGGGCCUCCUCCGGGACGCUGAGAGGUCUGAGGAGACGGUGAAUCUCGGGCCGGCCGCUCGCGCCGCCAUGGAUGCGGCGGAGGUGGAGUUUCUGGCCGAGAAGGAGCUGGUUACCAUUAUCCCUAACUUCAGUCUGGACAAGAUCUACCUCAUCGGGGGCGACCUGGGGCCUUUUAACCCUGGAGCACCGGUGGCAGUGCCCCUGUGGCUGGCGGUCAACCUGAAGCAACGACAGAAGUGCCGGGUGCUGCCUCCGGAGUGGAUGGACGUAGAAAAAUUGGAGAAAAUGAGGGAUCAUGAACGAAAGGAAGAAACAUUUACCCCAAUGCCUAGCCCUUACUACAUGGAACUUACCAAACUUCUAUUAAAUCAUGCUUCAGACAACAUCCCGAAAGCAGAUGAGAUCCGGACUCUGAUCAAGGAUAUGUGGGACACUCGCAUAGCCAAACUCCGGGUGUCUGCUGACAGCUUUGUGAGACAGCAGGAGGCACAUGCCAAGCUGGAUAACUUGACCUUGAUGGAGAUCAACACCAGCGGGGCUUUCCUCACACAAGCACUGAAUCACAUGUACAAACUCCGCACAAACCUCCAGCCUUCUGAGAGUGCCCAGUCUCAGGACUUCUAGAGAAAGGCCUGUGACUAUAAAGGUCUGGCGUCUAGUGGCAGGAGACUUGCUGGGUGAUGUGAGUGCUCAAGACAUGAUAGAGGUGACUUACCUCAUGGUUCUGGAGUUGUAGAAAUCAUUUUUUUGGUGGCUGGCCUGUAUGGGGAUCUGAAUCCUUGACUUUGGUGUUAUAACUGUGUGCUCUAACCAACCGAACCAACCGGCCAGCCUACAAACAAUUUCGAAUGUAUGAAAAACGUAGUGGUGCAAGGAAUGGAUUCAUACGUUUUUGGAGAAGCAACAAGUUUGUGAUUGGUCUUUAAAACUCAGCUCCCUGGAACAUUCUCCAGUUCCACAUCUCUUUCUAAAGCCAGCUUUCUGGGCCAGCCUGUGGCUCACUCGGGAGAGUGUGGUGCUGAUAACACCAAGGCUAUGGGUUCAGAUCCCAUGUAGGGAUGGCCGGUUUGCUCACUUGGAAGAGCGUGGUGCUGACACUACCAAGUCAAGGGUUAGGAUCCCCUUACUGGUCAUCUUUAAAAUAAAUAAAUAAAUAAAGCCAGCUUUCUUUUAUGGGGCAAAAAAAGCUUUAGGUGAAUAAUUUAUUCUCCCUAGCAGAGCCUUAGUUUUGCAUAAAACCAUCAUGCAUGGAUGAGUGUUCAGUGACCAUUAGGUGUAGAUACGGUAGGAGUGGCGAUGUGGCUGAGGGCUUCUCAUUCUUGAUUCUGAUCACUUGGGCUAAAUUUAGAAUUCCUACGGAGGUUGCUCACACAGAGGAUAGCAGAUGGAGUGGCUAGUGAUGCUGACCUGUCUCAAUCAUCUAAGCCUUGGUCCACAAUAAAAAUGGAAUUAACCCAAAUCUGUUAGUUUUUUGUCCUGUGUAUCUAUCAAGUAGGACUGAGCCCUGAGGCCAAGAU